AUGACAAUGAUUUUAGAACUCCUACAAGAUGCAUUUGAACAUGCAAAGAUUCCAAGUUCAUUCUAUGAGGCGAAGAAAACAAUCAACAAGCUCGGUUUGAACUAUGAAAAGAUACAUGUUUGUCCAAAUAAUUGUAUGCUUUAUUGGGGAAAUAGCGAAGACGAAGAAAGGGAGACAUGCAAAGUUUGUAAUGCUUCAAGGUGGAAAUCAAGAGCAAAAACAAGUAAGUCUGGGUUAUCAGAUGACAAUAACAAUAUGAAGAAAGUGCCUGCCAAAGUUCUUCGUUACUUUCCUCUAAAGCCUCGAUUGCAAAGAUUAUUUUUGUCAUCAAAGACAACUGAGGAUAUGAGAUGGCAUGCUGUCAAUAGAACCAAUGACGAAAUGAUGAGACAUCCUAGAGAUUCUGAAGCUUGGAAGCGAUUUGACUUAACACACCCUUGGUUUGCAUCAGAUUCACGAAAUGUACGUCUUGCAUUAGCUACUGAUGGUUUUAAUCCCUUUGGUGUUAUGAGUUCAAGUAAAAAAAUGCCAGGAAAUGAUAUAGAUGUCUACUUACAACCUUUAAUCAGAGAGUUUAAGGAGUUAUGGUCUAUAGGUGUGGAUGCCUAUGAUUCUUUUAAAAGAGAAAUGUUCAAAUUACAUGCAGCUUUGAUGUGGACGAUUAGUGAUUUUCCAGGUCUAGGAACACUUUCUGGGUGGAACACUUACACCGGACUUGCUUGCCCAUCUUGUAACUUUGACUCCGUUCCUUGUCGUCUUCCCUAUAGCAAAAAAUGGUGUUUUAUGGGUCAUCAUCGUUUCCUUGGAAAAAGACAUAGAUUUAGAUUAAACAGAGUUCGCUUUAAUGGUGAACAAGAGUUGCGUAGUCCACCAAAAACAUUAUCUAGUUCUGAAAUUCUUGAUCAAGUUCAAAAUAUUAAUACCACAUUUGGUAGAGUACCAGAGAAACAAGGGACAGGAAAAAGAACCCGAGGUGGGCAACGUGCACAAAGUAGUACUCAACAGUGGAAAAAGAAAAGCAUUUUCUUUGAACUUCCAUAUUGGAAGGAUAAUAGUUUGCGUCAUAACCUUGACAUGAUGCAUAUUGAGAAGAAUGUGUGCGAUAAUGUCAUAUAUACUUUGCUAAAUGAUAGUGUAAAGACAAAAGACCAUGUCAAUGCAAGAAAAGGUCUUCAAGCUAUGGGUAUAAGACCUGAGCUUUGGCCAAAUGAAAAUGGAAAAUAUCCUUUAGCUAUCUUUACAUUAAGCAAUAGUGGGAAAAUGUCAUUUUUAACAACUCUAAAGAACAUUAGGGUACCAGAUGGUUAUUCAAGUAACAUUUCUAGGUGCAUUAACUUGGAUAGCCUCAAGUUGAAUGGAAUGUUAAAAAGUCAUGAUUUUCAUGUGUUGAUGGAGCAAUUGCUACCAUUAGCCUUGCGAGCAACAUUGCCUGAUGAGGUUUCAACAGUAUUAAUUGAGUUGUGCUCAUUCUUUAGACAACUAUGUGGUAAAGUGUUGAAAAUUGAAGAUUUAGAAAAGCUACAAAAUCAAAUUGUACUCACUUUAUGCCAUAUGGAAAUGUUAUUUCCCCCUUCAUUCUUCACUGUUAUGAUCCAUUUGGUUGUUCACCUUGUUGAAGAAGCCAAACUUGGAGGUCCUGUCCAUUACCGAUGGAUGUAUCCUAUAGAAAGGUACUUGGGACAACUAAAAUCCUAUGUACGUAAUAAAGCAGGACCAGAAGGCUCUAUAGCAGAAGGUUACCUUAUACAAGAGAUUCUUACAUUUUGUUCAAGGUAUUUAGAUAACAUUGAGACAAGAUGGAAUCGACCUGGUCGUGUAGAUGAUGAGCCUAAUAAUACACAAUCUCAAUCACGAGUAGGUGAAUUGUUUCCUAUGGUUGGGAAACAUGUUGGUGGCUCUUUAUAUUUCACCCUUACACCAAAAGAAAAGUUACAAGCUCAUAGACAUGUGUUAACAAAUUGUCCUGCAGUUGAUUACUAUCUUCAGCAAUAUAGAAAUAUUCUACGAAGACAGCUAAGGGGUAGUUCAAGGAAUGCAGCUGAUGUGGAUAAGAGGGUUCAUAAAGACUUUGUUCGUUGGUUUGCUAAUCGUAUUGGCAAUAAUCUCGACAAUCUUAGCGGACCAGAUAAAGAUGUUCUUAUUAGUCUUACACAAGGUCCUUUUGAUCGAGCUAGGAGAUUCACAACAUUUAAUGUUAAUGGAUACAAGUUUCGAACGUUAACACGAGACAAUUUAUUAAAAACUCAAAAUAGUGGAGUUUUUGGCAUGUUUGGAACAAGAAGCUACUCAAGCAAUAGUGAUGCCCAUAUGAGGUUUGGGGGGGUGCCAUAUUAUGGAAGAUUAGUAGAUAUCAUUGAGAUUUGUUAUAAUGGAUUCAAUGUACCCAUGUUUAAAUGUGAAUGGGCCGACACCACUACGUCAAGAGGUAUAAAAGAAGAUAAAUUAGGUUUUAUCUCUAUUAACUUUGCAAGACUAAUACAUACUGGAGAAAAAGAAGAUGACGAACCAUACAUUAAAGCUUCUGAAGCCCAAAUGGUUUAUUAUGUGGAUGAUGAAAAGGAACGAGGUUGGAGCAUACCAGUUCAUUUGAAGCCAAGAGACUUUUAUGACAUGGGUGGAGACAAUGAAGAAAUUAUGGCAUCCAUUGAGGCAUACCCAUCACAGAACUUGGAACAAAUUUUUUCUGAUGAUACCACCCAUGUACAAGUAGCAAGAACGAUGAGAGAUGAUGACCCUGAAACUCCUACCAUUACUGAUAAUCUUGAUGAGGAUAAUCAAGAUAUGGUUUUAUGA